AUGCACACAAAUACAACAGUAACAUACAAUAGGGGUGUGUAUGAUUUUGGUAAACCUGUGCUAAGAGUGUCGGAUCCGGUGCUCAUCAAACAGAUUCUGGUGAAAGACUUUCACAAAUUCCGGAACCGAAUCGCGAAACCAUCGACGAGUCCAGUCCUGUCGGUCACGAUGGCCAGCGCUAGGGAUGGCCAAUGGAAACGGAUCCGAGCCAUAGCCAGUCCCGCAUUCACUUCAGCCAAACUCAAACACAUGUAUCCACUCGUCAACGAGUGUUGCCGCGACUUCUUGGCCGCACUCCACAGACACGUGUCCACCAGUGGUCGGAUUGAAGUGGAGUUAAAGCAUUUGAUGAGCGACUAUACUAUAGAUGUGAUCGCGAGCGUAGCCUUUGCCACUAAAACUAACCCCUACUCUGACCCCAACAACCCAUUCAUCACUAAAGCCAAAGCCAUGUUAUCAAAAAAUCCGAUGCAAAUAUUAUUAAUUAGAAUUUUGCCCACUUUUGCCAUCAAAAGCCGGCUCUGGAAAGCAAUGGUAAGCGAUCUCUCGUCUAACGUCAUGUUUUUCAUAGAAAUUGUCCGACGAUUGAUGUCUGAGCGCAAGAAAUCGGACUACCGGCGCCGCCGACUCUGUGGCCGGCGAUGCGAUGUCUGGACAUCACGUGAACGAAGGCGUCGACGAACUGAUGAAGGCGUCGACGAACUGAUGGCAGAGAAACGGGCGUUGAGUGGAGUCGAAGAAAACAAGUUUAACGAAAACGAGAUCCUCGCCCAGUGUUAUGUCUUUUUCAACGCCGGCUUUGAGACCACGGCUACCGCUCUGUCGUACUGUACGUACGAAUUGGCAGUCAAUCCUCACAUUCAGGACCAGUUGGUGGCGGAGACCAGAGAGGCGUUCAGUGAAAACACGACAGACAUCGACUACGAAACCCUUUGCCGACUCCCACUCCUCGACGCUGUCGUAUCGGAAACUCUUCGCAAAUAUCCGCCGCUUAUAAACUUUGGCAGAGAAGCCAUGGAUGACGUGGUGUUGACCAGAGAUAGCGACGGAUCAAUGUUUAAGAUUGAGAAGGGAAUGAAUGUGUCGAUACCGGUGUAUGCCCUACACCACGACCCGGACUACUAUCCCGAUCCGUUUGCCUUCAAACCCGACCGCUUUUUGGCACAAAAUGGACGUAAUAUCAAACCCUAUACAUACCUCCCAUUCGGCGCCGGACCCCGUAAUUGCAUUGGCACGCGGUUUGCAUUGCUAGUGAUCAAACUAGCCCUGGUCAAAAUUUUGAAACAAUUCCGGUUCUAUGCGGUGCCCGACACUGAUAUACCAGUGAUUUUCAAUGUAGGCGUUGGUGUAAAUCAGUUAAAUGCCAAACGGCUUGUUGUGGGCGUUGAGAAACGUUAA